AUGGGCAUCACGAAUAGCAGUGUCAAGGGGGACUUCAUCCUGGUGGGCUUCUCUGACCAGCCCCACCUGGAAAAGAUCCUCUUUGUGGUGGUGUUGGUGUGCUACCUGCUGACCCUGGUGGGAAAUGUGGUCAUUAUUCUGAUCUUCUCCAUUGACCCAAAACUCAAAACUCCCAUGUACUUUUUCCUCAGCCACCUCUCCAUAGUUGAUAUCUGUGUAACUACCAGUGUUGUUCCCCAGCUGCUGUGGAACCUCCGGGGACCUGCCAAGACCAUCACAGUCCUGGGCUGUGUGGUCCAGCUCUAUGUGUUCCUGGCAAUGGGCUCUGCUGAGUGUAUCCUGCUGGUGGUAAUGGCUUUUGACCGCUAUGCUGCUGUUUGCAAACCUCUGCACUAUGCCACUGUGAUGAACCCACGGGUGUGCAGGGCUCUGGCAGGGGUUGCGUGGAUGUGUGGAAUAGGAAAUGCACUCAUCCUGAGUACUGUCACCGUUCUGCUGCCUCGCUGUGGUAACAAGCACAUCUAUAAUUUCUUCUGUGAGGUACCGUCAAUGAUUAAGCUUGCUUGUGUGGACAUUCAUGCCAACGAGGUUCAAGUGUUCAUUGCUUCAUUAGUCUUGCUCUAUAUACCCUUAUCAUUUAUAGUGACAUCUUAUGGGUUAAUAGUCAGGGCAGUUGUAAAGAUCAAGUCAGCCCAGGCCUGGCGCAAAGUCCUGGGGACAUGUGGAUCCCAUUUGACGGUAGUGUCUAUCUUCUAUGGGACUGCUCUAAUGAUCUAUGGCCAGCGCAACAGCAGCUUUUCCCACACUCAUGGGAAAUUUUUCUCCCUGUUUUAUACAGUAGUGACCCCUUCCCUCAAUCCCCUCAUCUACACACUGAGGAAUAAAGAUGUGAAGGGAGCCCUGAGACGACUGUUUUUCAGAGACAAGGGCUCACAACAAUGA